AUGUGGGCAGUAAAGUGCAUAGAAGCAGGGUCAGUUGGAAAGAUCAUUGAUCCAUAUCUGAAGGGGAAGAUAUCGCCUCUUUGUUUGAGCAUAUUUGUGGAAAUUGCUAGGAAAUGUGUGCUUAUGAGCGGAUCUGAAUGGCCUCCAAUGGCUGAUGUUGUGUGCAACUUGGAGCUUGCUCUGGAACGGCAGGAAACUGCGGAGCCUAUGCAUGAGGGACUAAUAGAAGCAACCGACUAUAGUUCUGAGUCAUUCUCAUCAGAGUGGCCUCCUUACUCCAUUUCUUAUUCUUCAUCAUCUUUGCAAGACAUGGAGCUCUCUGGCCCACGCUGA